AUGACUUUAACCAAACUCAACUUCAUCACAGGCAACAAGAAUAAGCUCUCCGAAGUGCGAGCUAUUCUCGGCAAUGUGGUUGAAGUUGAAAAUCAAGAGGUGGAUGUUCCAGAAAUCCAGGGUACGAUCGAGGAGAUCGCGAAGGAGAAAGCUCGACGAGCAGCUGAAGCGAUCAAUGGUCCUGCUCUGACGGAGGAUACGGCGCUAGAGUUCCAUGCGCUGAAGGGCUUGCCUGGUCCAUACAUCAAAUCCUUCAUGGAAUCUGUUGGCCAUGAUGGUUUGAACAGGAUGCUUGAUGGGUUUGAGGACCGGACGGCCGAGGCUGUGUGCACCUUUGCUUUCUGUCGGGCUCCUGGUGCCGAGCCGAUCUUAUUCCAGGGACGCACCGAGGGCAAGAUUGUACGACCUCGAGGUCCUACCAACUUUGGCUGGGAUCCCAUCUUCGAGUACGAGGGUCAGACAUACGCCGAAAUGGAUAAAGAGGCAAAGAACCUGAUCUCCCACCGGUACAAAGCUCUGGUUAAGUUCCAGAAAUGGUUGGCAGAAGGUCAACAGUGA